AUGUACCAGGAGAUGACGGGUGCUACACCUGUGGUUCGAAGAGUCACUUUGCAAGAGAGUGUCCAGAGAGGUAGACAUUUUAUUCUCCCCUUUGUAGAUUGGGACGUGGUAAACGAUCCGAAAAUACAGGGUUACGUCGACGAGAUCGCGAGAGAAGUCGUAGAAGAUCCCCUUCUAGAUCCAGAUCGCCAGCCCAUAGGAGUUCUCGGCGUAGAUCCCGUUCUCGGUCCGGUUCGCCAGCGAGGAAGCAUUCAAGAGAUCGAAGUCGAGAUCGGUAUAGGGCGAGAUUCGUUUAGUAGAGAUGAGCGUACCGAUGUUUCCCAAGCGCCGCAGAAUGUCGUUCCUGGAUUGGAGUAUUAUCCGAGUGGCUUUGCCAACAUUGUGCCGCAGGGGUCGUUUGCCGUCUCGGCACCAUAUGCUAUGCCACCAACACAGCCGUAUCAAAUGCCUGGUGCCCAUCCGUCGUUCGAGCAGCCCGGAUCGUCCGGAUCAUACCGUGGAGUGCCCCCAGGAAACAUUCCUCAACCCUAUCCCCCUCAGUCUUUGGGGUACGACUAUACGCCUGCAAAUGGGCCCGCAUCAUCAACCUCGGCAAUGCCCCCGAACCAAUAUCCCUAUCCUUUGGCAUAUAAUGGCACCCAGCUUUCAUAUAUGCAGUCGUCCCCAUCUGCGCCAUAUCCGCAGCCAUACUAUUAUCCGGGAGCCCCAUCAAGUCAGCCUUUGAUAAGCCCAACUAGUGAAUAUAGUGUAGGAGAUUACAUGCUGCCAUCUCCGUCCUCCUCUUCUUCUGCAUCGUCUCAGCAAAACUCCACAUACCAACCGAUCAGUAUGAGGUAUGCGCCCAUAAGACCAAGCGAUGGUAUUAAUGUGGAAUCUCACUCACCCUUAGGCUCAAGCAAUAACGGCACAGGAGUUUCAAGCUCCGAUUCCGGCUCUUUUUACCCGCAAAACGAUCCAAGAGUUAGUUUACAACCAAAUACGUCGGCGUUGUCAUCGUCGUCUCCAUCAUCCUCCUCCUCCUCUUAUGGCAAAAUGUAUUCUCAAAAUCCGAAAAUUUCAGGUCCCUCAAACACUUUGCAAAAUAACCCCCCAAGUUAG